AUGCACAGGGCCCUUCACCGUCGAAGUCUCGCAGAUCUUGAAGAUCAGAAACCCAAGCUCAUCGCCUUUGGCCUUCAAGCAGUACGAUUGACCCUCCCGUUGCGAUGCUAUGCUAGUUCGUUGGAAGCAAGAUUUGACAAUUUACCCCCCUAUUACAGAUAUUGUGUUCGACCAAAUGCGGGCCGUAUCGAGCCUGGGUCGGAUUUCGAUGUCACUGUCCUCCUGCAGGCCAUGAAGGCUGAUCCCCCGCUGGAUGCCAAGUGCCGAGACAAGUUUCUCGUCCAAUCCGCUCCCAUCACUGCAGACAAGGAAUUCGCUCCCAUUGCCUCAGUGCUCGAGUCCACAGACAAGGCCGCCAUAUAUGAACGAAAGAUCCGAGUCAACUGGCUUGCUGCCGGCGACAGCCCCGACCAUGGUCCCAGUGCAGCUCACGCCAUUGAGGCGACACCCAUCAAGCAAGCAGCGGUGAAUGGAGCUUACGACACUCCCGAGCCUACUCGAGCUUAUUCAUCUCCAAGCGGCGACGGAACCCCCGCACCACCCCCGUACGACGAAAAAGACGACGACGAUUCCAGGCCCCAAACCGCAAAAUCGGCCGCUUCCAAGACUGCUUCUGCCGUUGCCAGCACACUGCAGUCAGGUACCGACGAGCUCAAGGCCAAGAUUGCCCAGCUUGAAGCUGAGCUGGCAAACUACAAGAAUGGCGGCCUGAGACAGCGUAACGUCAAGGGCAGCUCGGGCAAUGAGAAGGGUGCUGCUGGUGCAGUCGCUCAACAAACCAAGCAAGGCGUUGAGGGUGUACCCGUUCAGAUUGCUGCCAUUUUAUGUCUCGUCAGCUUCCUUCUUGCCUACCUCUUUUUCUAA